CCUGUCUCGCCAUGUUUGAGAGUUUGCAACGAAACGGCGGCGGCCCAUUGCCCGUUUCACGCAGCAGUCAUGCCGGGCACGGUCGCGGAAUCCCCGCGAUCGUUUGUGAUGAGUACGUUGCCAACCAUGGCAUUGCGCAAGAUGCAUGCACUGCGUGAGCUCAAGAAGCUUCCCGUGACAUUCGAGCCGUCCUGCACGCCGCUCCAUGCUGUCGUGUUGCGUGGCCAAGUGGACCGCGUCGUCCGGUAUCUCGCGGCGACACCGGCCCUCGUCCACGCAAUCGACAAGGACGGCAACACGCCACUGCAUCAUGCUUGUGUCACGGGCCACCACGUGAUAGCACGGCGACUGAUCGAUGGCGGAGCUCACGUAAACGCCCGCAACAAGUCGGGGAGCACGCCGCUGCACAAAGCUGCCCUUGGUGGCCACAUGGAUUGCGUCGCCCUCUUGAUCGAGUCGCAUGCCAACGUGUUGCUGACGAACGAGAAGGGACAGUUUGCGGCCGACUUGGCGGGGUGGCGCAUGCACACACAAGUCACUCGAUUCCUUCGUGACCACGACCAGACAGCGAUCCUUUGCAUCCUUCCAGACGAAAACGGCAACACACGGCUGCAUUAUGCAUGCGCGUGCAACAAACUCAAUGCUGUCGUCGCGAUUGCGCGCGACACUGCCCCACCAGACAUCGACGUUCCCAACAAGGAUGGAUUCACCCCGCUUCACGUGGCAGCACAACGUGGUCAUUACGACGUGAUCGAAGCGUUGGUGGCGCGAGGAGCGAACCCAUGUGUCGUCACCGCGCGAGGCGAGUGCGCUGUGGACUUGGCGGGUAGCCAACAUCUUCGCGUGCGCAACAGCCUCUUGCGUCUGGAACGGACGUACUUGGCAAACUACGAUUGCCACGAGGUCCAUCGCCAAACAACGAAGACAAAUCACGCUUGGAAAAUGUAGAACGGAAGCACCGCUUUGCAUGUGGCAUGUACACUCGGCCGCCUUGCCCUCGUCAAGGACCUGCUGCAAUCCGACGCGGCCGAUGCCGAAAGCGUCGACCAGGUGAUAAGCCUCACAAACACCUCCAUCUGCUCCUUGACAGCAUGAUGAGGAAGCUUCAGGAUGGAAACACUCCGCUGCACGUGGCUGUGCAGCACCAUCGACAGGAUGUCGCGAUGUAUCUCCUGACCGUGCCAGCAUCCAUCGACGUCACUGUCAAGAAUAAGGCUGGCCAAAGUGCGGCCGAUGUAGCCUCAGACAUCACAGCAUUACGACCUCUCUUGCUACGCGCUGAAGCCACUGCAGUGGCGUCGGCCUGCGUCGAGAACUUCGUCGACGAAAUGCACCGCCAAGUACAGUCCCGUGACCGAGCCAGACAGGAUAAGGUCAACCUCGUCUUUGGUCGACCGUCCAAGGCAAAGUAAGCAUCGGCAGCAUGAUUCGGCAGCUUCAGUCAGCCGUGAAGUUCAACCACGAUGGAGAUUGUCGCCGCCGGCAGUCGUGGAACAUCGAGAGAAUAUGAAACACAUCCCAUUUGUGUCACACAUUCGACGCAUCAAAGGGGUGACUACAACGCCGAUAACCAUGCCAGGUUUGCAGUGCGCAGGAAGAGCGGUUGGGCACGUCGUUGCGCUGGUUCGCCGAGUUCUCGUGCUCGUAGUCACG